AAGGGGGCGUGGAAAACUCGCCGGGAAUUUCCCAGCGCCCGAAAUAUCAAUUUGUUCUGGUGGCCCCGGGGCUGCGAAAUCGCUGCUCCCCGAGCACCCAAAGCGGGCUGGGACGGGGAUGGCACAUCCAGGGGGGAAUUUUCCCGCUGUUUUCCUGCUCCUGCUGGUCGCUGUUCCCAAUUCCCGGGGGUUGGAAUGCAGGGAACACCAAUAUCCGUACCGGGAUAAAUGCUGCAGCGACUGUGCCCCGGGGGAGAGGAUGAGGAACCGCUGCACGGCCACGGCAGACACGGAGUGUAUCCCCUGCCAGGAUGAAUAUUUCAGCAGUGAGCACCACCACAGCUUCUGCAACAGCUGCACAGUCUGCAACACCAAGAGGGGGAGCGUGGAGGUGAAGAAGUGUGAGAAGACCUCGGACAGGGUGUGCGUGUGCCGGGCAGGGUUCAUGCCAGCUGGGCUGCCCCUGGGGAGUGUGUGUUCACCGUGUCCUGAGGGAACUUUCUCCCCAGGAAGGAACGAGAAGUGUCAGCCUUGGACCAACUGCAGCAGCCUUGGGAAGAGCAUCCUGAGAGCAGGGACAGAGGCCCAGGAUGCUGUUUGCAGCAACCCUGUCCCCCUGCCAGAGGUCCCUGGGACUCCAACCCCUGCCUGGAGUGUCCUGAGCACUUUCCAGAGGGAAAACAGGGAUAACAAGAGCUCCACUGCUGGGAUCUCCUCCCCACCCAGAGCUGGGGAAGGUCCUUCCAUCUGCCCCGACCCCACCGACCCCACAGACACCAGCUGGGGCUCUCUCUCCCUCCUCCUGCUGUGUCUGAUCCUGCUCCUGGUGAGUGGAAUGUCCAUCCUGCUGCUCAUCAUCCAAGCAGCCAGAAAAGAGACCAAGGGGAGGCCUCGUGGGAGCAACAACCAGAAGGAUGGGAGCUGUCGAAUUCCUAUCCAGGAGGAACAGGUGGACUCCAAUUCCAGCCUCAUCAAGAACUGACUUCCCAUUCUUUGCUGUCUCCUGCAUUUCUGAGCCUGGGGGUUCUUCCAAGGGAUGUACCUGUUCUGGGACUGUGUGGAGCUGUUUGACUGUGGAGCUGUUUAAUUGUGGAGCUGUUUGAUUGUGGAGCUGUUUGAUUGUGGAGCUGUUUGAUUGUGGAGCUGUUUGACUGUGGAGCUGUUUGAUUGUGGAGCUGUUUAAUUGUGGGACUGUUUAAUUGUGGAGCUGUUUGAUUGUGGAGCUGUUUAAUUGUGGAGCUGUUUGACUGUGGAGCUGUUUGAUUGUGGAGCUGUUUAAUUGUGGAGCUGUUUAAUUGUGGAGCUGUUUGAUUGUGGAGCUGUUUGAUUGUGGAGCUGUUUGAUUGUGGAGCUGUUUGAUUGUGGGACUGUUUAAUUGUGGGACUGUUUAAUUGUGGGACUGUUUAAUUGUGGGACUGUUUAAUUGUGGGACUGUUUAAUUGUGGAGCUGUUUAAUUGUGGGACUGUUUGAUUGUGGGACUGUUUGAUUGUGGGACUGUUUGAUUGUGGGACUGUUUGAUUGUGGGACUGUUUAAUUGUGGGACUGUUUAAUUGUGGGACUGUUUAAUUGUGGGACUGUUUAAUUGUGGGACUGUUUAAUUGUGGGACUGUUUAAUUGUGGGACUGUUUAAUUGUGGGACUGUUUAAUUGUGGGACUGUUUAAUUGUGGGACUGUUUAAUUGUGGGACUGUUUAAUUGUGGAACUGUUUAAUUGUGGAACUGUUCACUUGGGUCCCUCUGGGGCUCCUCGGUGCCCCUUUGGCCUCAGGGAGCAGCUGUUCCCGUUGGAAUUUUGUGGUUCUCCCUCCCAGGCACAUCCCGUGCUCACAUCCUGGGCUGGGAGUGCUCCGUGCAUUCCUGGGCACUGCCUUGGGAUGGCAGGGAAUGUUCAGGGGGCUGGAAGGGCUGAUUGUUGCAAAAAACAUGGCUUAGAAAAGACAUCCAUUCCCUGGCUGCUCCCUGGGAAGAGGCACGAGCUGAUUUAUUAACCCAGUGCUGAAUAUCUGGGCCUUUGGGGCAGCAUUUGGGCAGAGAUUUUGCUGCCUGAACUCUGCUCUGCCCUAAACUCUGAUCCCCUCGAGCACACUGGGAGUGGAACCCCCACCCAGAACCUUCCAUCCCUGCCAUUAAAACCCCCACACACUAUGUGUGUAACUUUACUUGUCUGAUUUUUCCCACAAGUUCAGCGGCCUGGAGUGUUUUGAAAAGCAUUCUGAUUUAUUUUUUUGGUUUUUUUAAGACAGUAAAUUCGAAAAUCUGGGAGGAACCUGAAGUGUUGUCGUGGGCAGCUUUUGAUGUGUUUGAAAUGCCUCAAGUUCAAGAGGCAGCAAACUUGAGAGUGACAUAAUUCAGAAGUGGUUUCCACUUCAAAUGUACCUCCCCUGUAGGUAACCCCUCAGAAAUGACACUUUGGAUCCCACAGCACCGAAGCAUAUGAGAAAAUAUGCAGCUAAAAAUGUAUUCAAGAAUACAAAGGGGUGUCUAAACCCAUGUUUUUAAACAUAAGUUUCCUUAUAUGUUAUACAUAUGGGGGACUUAGCCAGGAUUUUUCCUGUUUUCCAGGUGCAUAUAUACGAUGUAUAGAAACAUUUGUGUUGGAUGGAAACAUUUGUAUUGUAUACAAAGGGCUGAGAGGGACUUCUGCAAAUAAAGGUGUGGUCGCAGCUCUG